CAGACACAGCAUCUCAAAUUCUAUAUAUUCUGCAUCGGUCGCGCCCCUUAAUUACGAAUUCUGGCAAGCACAGUCAUUCAAAAUGGAUCCCUCUCCAGAAAAGGUUGCUGCGAUGAUUGCAAAAUACCCUUCGUUGAAGAAGGUGGUCGAGACGGGCAUCGAGGUCGACGACGGCCGCGAAGAGAAGCUGCUCUCUUUCAUUCUUUCCCAUCCCGACUUAGAAACCAUUAGAGGCUCUCCCUCCAAGAUUCUCGCGGCCAUCGACGAUUUCUCUGGCAAGCACGAUUUCCUCAUCAAUAUUGGCGAGAACAAGGCCAAAAUUCUGUCCGACCUGCUCAACGAGGAGAAGCCUCAGACGCUCGUCGAGCUGGGCGGCUACGUUGGAUACUCCGCCAUUCAUUUCGCAGACACCAUGCGCCGAUAUAGCAAGCCGGACGCACAGCCCCGCGUUUUCAGUCUGGAGAUGAAGGCUGAGUUUUCCUCCAUUUCCAGGCAGCUGAUUGAGAUUGCAGGGCUUUCAGAUAUCGUGACGGUCGUUACCGGUCCUGCAGAAGAAUCGAUUCGGAAGCUACAUAAAGAAGGCACCUUGUCGAGCAUUGACUUUUUGUUUAUUGACCACGUCGAGUCUCUAUAUGCCCCCGAUUUCAAGGCCUGUGAAGAACUUGGGCUUCUCAAAAAGGGCGCUGUUAUCGCGGCCGAUAAUGUUAUAAGGCCAGGUGCGCCCGAGUAUCGUGCUUUUGUCAGGAGUCAUCCGAGACUGCAGAGCACUGGAGUAAAAGCUUUGAUUCAGCCUGGAGAACUCGAUGACGAAAUCGAAAUCAGUCGUGUGAUCAACUAGAAUGGAUUAUUGCCCUGGUACCUACAGAUUUGAGAAUUAUAAUAGGGAUUUUUCAUCCCAGUAUUUCGGAUGUAACAUUAAUAUAGGUGGCUUUCCCACUUGCCACGUACAUUAUCUCAACUAUUAUAACUAUAUUUUAUGAAUUCAUGAGCG